AUGGUAAGCAUUCACGUGACUAAUGCGAGAUGUGACUCUUGUGGUUGUAAUUUUCCUUCAACUUCUUUUACAUCGCCUUCUCUUCCUCCUCCUCUACCUCCUUUCUCCCGCAACCACCACCACCACCACCGCACCACAAACAACAACUACAACGACCACCACAACAAAAAAAUAAUCACAAACAAGAACAAGACAGAAGUGAACAACAAAGCUGGAAAAAGAAGAAAAAUCUCUCAGAGAAAAGAAAAAAAAAAAAACUCAACGAAAAACAAAAUAACAAAUCCAUCAUCAGAAGAUAUAUCACAACUACAAGAAAAACUCAAAUUUCAUCAUAUUCAACAUUUUGAAAAUCAUAUUACCUUUAACCCAACUUCACCAAACUUUAAAAGAAGAUUUACAUUUAUCUAUCUACCAAUCAUAAAAGACAAUCAGAAUUUGCUUGUUUUUGUUAAGUUUAUUUGUUUUCCCAAUUCUAGUCCGUGUUUCAUAAUUUUAAUCAGAUUGAAUUACACUAGAAAGUGA